AAAAAAAGUGGAGUGUCCCUUUAAUAUAUUUAAUAUUGACUGAGUAAGGUCAUGUUAAACAUUGAAAUCUAUGACUAAAAACAUACUUUGAUGCAUCUAAUCUUAAAUAAUAUGAAAUUUUGGCCUGUAUUUCACAGACGGUCACAUAUUUUUUAAUAUUUGUUAUUGUGCUUUUGCAUUCAUUCAAUAGAUGUCAAAAUAUCAAAUAACUGGCAUUUGCAGAGAAAAAAAGGCAAGACCUUCACAUUUUCAUAGAUGAGUUAAGUCAGUUUACUUUAUGUAUAGAGUUUACAAACAAAUAAAUACCAAAUGCAAUAUUGCGUACAUUUUGAAGCCACUGCAAGCAUCCAAUAACAUACCAGUAUAACUCCAUAUGGAAUGGGAGAUUAUUCAUCAUUAAGUUGGCUAAAAAUUGAUUUUCCACAGGACAUAAUAACCACUGACUGCACAAAAUGCCCUGGAGCCCGCUGACUGACGUCAUGAAUCAAUUAUGACGUUUAUGCAUGUUUUAUGCCGCGCUACGGAGACCGACCGGCGAUGACAUCAAAGUACCGCGAGAGCGAUCCACACUAGCACUGCUUCGCGAUACUAUGGUGUCAUACGCCGAUCGGUCUGCGCACACCCUGAUGAGUCCGACCACGCACGAUUAUUGUGUAUAAAUAAAUAUUAAUGAAUGGGCGGGGCAGAAUCUGAAGCGUUUCUGCAUGUGCAUCAAACCAUUGGGCAGUUGUAGUGAUGUGACUGCUGGAAGAGCUCUGUAUCUUCUUGUGUUUAAUAAAAAUGCUGCGUUGAAUAAUGAAACUGGAUUUUAUUGUAUAGAAGACUUUUGUAGAACUAUCUGUGGGCUUUCCAUUUUAUUCAUUUAUUGUUUGCAACAUGUAAUGGUCGUGCGAUGGGCGGAGACGAGAGUAAAAAUAAGUCACCAGCAUCACAGGAGAAGGUGAGAUCCCUGUCCUGUCGCAAGAGGUUUCUGUCUCUCCCCACUCGAAUUCCUCACAAUCUGUUUAGACGCAGUGGAUUCUCUAAACCUUCACAGAAAGACUCAAACCCACAGUGGACAUUGCCAGCUUUUAUUUCUGUUUUCCUCCCUGAGUUUCCACAGAGGUUUACAGGACAUGUGCAUUUACAGAUUCUUGGGUUUAUAGCUAAAGGCUCAUUUGGUCCUAUCCUAAAGGUGAAGGACGUAUGUAAAGAUGUGACUUAUGCUAUCAAGGUUUUACCCAAAGCUGAGGUUUUGAAGCACAGAGUCCUCCAGCAGUCAAAAGAAGAGGUGAUAAUUCAACGACAAGUCAGACAUCCUUUCCUCCUCAGUCUCCAGGACUGCUGGCAGAGUCCGAACAAUCUCUUCAUCAUGUGUGAUUAUUGCAGUACUGGGGAUCUGUAUACUUACUGGACACUGAAGGGCUGUUUUGAUGAGAAUGAGAUUCGAGUGUUUGCUGCCGAAUUGGGUUCUGCUUUGGGUUUUCUACAUGACUUUGGAAUAAUACAUAGGGAUGUGAAGAUGGAGAACAUCCUACUGACUGAUGAAGGUCACCUCCGCUUGACUGAUUUUGGGCUGUCUCGUCGCCUUGAGCGUGGGGAUAGAGCCUUCACUAUCUGUGGCACAAUACAAUACAUGGCUCCUGAGGUCCUUUGUGGUGGUCCCUAUGGCCAUGCUGCAGACUGGUGGUCUCUUGGAAUUCUCAUCUACGCUUUGGCCACUGGAGGGUUUCCUAUUCCUGCGGAAGGAGACCACUGUAAGAUGCUGGCCAGGGUCAGUGAACAUCCUUAUGACAUGCCUGCCGGCAUCAGUCCAGAUUUGGCCUUUCUGCUCAUAGAGCUUCUUUGCAAGAUCCCCACACGACGCUUGCGUUCCCUGGAGCUCUUCCAAAACCAGAGGUUUUUCCACGGCAUGUCCUUUGAUUCCCAAAUGCUGCAGAAAAGUCCUAUCGCGCCAAUCCUGGAGCUAAAGGAUCAUCCUGACCGACAAGAAAAGUCCACGAGAGGUCUAUCAUUAGAUCUGCUUCAGAAUUUUGAGUGUGACCUGCUGAACUCUUCGUCCACUCCUUAAUAAAGAUUCUGGUGAACGAAGUUACCUUACAGACUGAGGCAACAGGAAUCAAGUUAGGCAACAGAUUCUCCAAGUUCUCCAUAAAUAAACAAAUUUGUUUUUCUCGCUGAAACUCUGGGUGCUUUCCUUCUGCCAAAGACUAAAUAAAAUAUAUUUAUAUGGUAUAACAUGAACAUUUUUAAUGUAAUGGUAUACUUUGAUUAUAUGUUUGUAUCAGAAGUGCAAACACAAUUAAACGUUGUAAAAGCAAAGUAUGUGACACUUGUUAUCAAAUAUACAUGUAUACAAAGACAGUUAAAAAAAAGUAACAUUUAUAGUAAUACCCUUACAAUGGAAGUCAAUAGGGGAAGGAAUUGGAAUCAACAUUAAAGUCUGUGUAAAGUAAUUUCAGAUAAUUGUUUCUAAAAACAUAAAUGUUAGAAAUGUUUGGCUGAAACAAAAUACAAAGACUGUGAACCAGGCACGUGCACACAUAGACAUCAAAGGGGGCUUGAGCACCUGCCCUUUUUAUUCCUGGAGAAAAAGUGCCCUUUUUUCUGGGGUGCUUUUUUUUUUAUAAUAUGAUCUUUAUUCAUAUAACAACUGAUGUCUGUCUGUUUCUUGUGUUUUUUACUUGUUACUUAUUUAAUUUACCAUGAAUUUAUUCAGGAAUCAUUUAAAUGAGAUUUAAACUCUUAUAAAAAGAAAAAUAGCGCUUUUUGUGGUACACAAACGGUUAACGAUGAGUCCCGCCUCCAAAACUCACAUCGCUAAUAUGAUUGGCUUUACCUUUCCUAAGUCCCGCCUCUCUAACGUACUUCGCUUUAUGAUUGGUCUUGUCUUUACUUGUGUAUGCUGCAUUCGCGCUUGUAAGAAGCGCCAAAUCUCAGCCUGGACGAGACGCGAUGUGCAUGAUUGCAGGCAGCUACCGGUAAGUGUGUGAAGAAGAAAGCAUUCUUAUAUUAACAGUUUUAUGCACAAAAUAUGGGACACGUUGUUACACAUAACGAUUCAGGGGCAUUGUUUUCCACGACAAUCCCAUAUUAACCUGAAGAGUUGCAAACUUGCAACAGUGUAGUGUAUGUAGUUUAAACAGACUGCUCAUGAAAUAAGAAAGCACAAACAAUAAAAUAAUUGCUAACUACAGUAGUAAGCUUUUUUUGUUUGCGUUUUUUGUAAUGGCUGUUAAAUAAGUAGCCUAUAAUGUGUUUAACUGGAGUGAUGUAGUAGAUUGGGGAGAAAUCUGAUGGUUCAGUACUUUACUUCUGAAUUUUUACUGACCAACAAAUAAAAUAUCACCAACAAGUAAAAUAUAAAAUAGACCUAAUCUAUAUUUGUUGUUUCUGACAUGUGUAACCCUAAUAAAUAUGAAACCUAAGAUUAAAGGUGCCAAAGGAUGUGUUGCCAUAAUAUGUUAAAUUGUUCUUUGACAAAGAAGGCACUUUAUUAAGUGCAAAAAUUAUACAGAAACGUUUUUACAUGUUUAUUUACAAGCCUAGAAUUUGUCAUUUGAAUGAAAUGGUCUAUUUUUGCCUUAUUUGAAAGGCUCAUGAUGAAUAAUAAUGUUGAGCUCUGCUCUGAUUGCUCUGCUCUGAGGCUCAUGCCAGAAGCUCACAUUAGUAAACAGACCUUAUAUUUUGAGCCCUUAUCAGACAAAAAUACAGAUUUUGAUUAACAACUAAUUGCAAACUAAUAGAACUUCAAUGCUAGCAUAUAGCAUUUAUUGGCAUGUAGCACUACUCGGCAGUCACAAUUUUGUUUUUAGCAUUUUAACAAAUUUGUAAUGAAUCUGUAAUUUAAUGUUUUCAAACAUGCACAUUGUGUAAUGGUUU